AUGUUCGUCUCAAUUUUCCUCAGGCCCCUUUUCGCUGUCGCUCUGGCUCGUUUAGCUGGAGGACAACUUGUGGAAAGAGAUGGUCCGCAGCCGUUCGGCUUUUUCGACAACAACGUUAUCUACCAGCCCGAAGAUGGGAAAUCGGCCUUGUAUCCCCGCUUCGUCGAACUGAAAGAUGGCACACUUCUGGUCACAUCUUCAUUGAGUGGCUACUCAACACCAUUCUUCCCUGUUUUCGAGAGCAAUGAUGGCGGUGCAAGUUGGUCUUGGAUUUCCAACAUCACCGACCAGGUCAAUGGUUGGGGUCUCAGCGCUCAGCCUGCGUUAACCGAGUUGACACAGCCUCUUGGUGGCUACCCAGCUGGCACAAUUCUUGCUACAGGGAAUAGUUGGUCAGACAAUGGCACUCGCUUCGACAUAUACGCCAGCACAGAUGGAGCAAAGACUUGGGAAUUUGUUAGCCUCGCAGCUGAGGGUGGCAGGCCGAACACCACCAAUGGAGCAGACCCCGUGUGGGAACCGUACUUGCUCGUAUACAACAACUCUUUGGUCUGCUACUACAGCGACCAGCGUGACCCCCUGCACGGCCAGAAGUUGGCGCACCAAAGGUCAUUCGACUUGCGACACUGGGAGCCUAUUGUCAACGAUGUCGCUUAUGCUGAAUACGCUCGACGCCCUGGUAUGACGGUGGUGACGUACGUGCAGCCCAUCGACAGCUGGGUGCUGGUGUACGAGUUUCCAGGAGCUCCGAAUAUCACUGGCGCCGAGUAUCCCAUCUACUGCACGCAGCCCACUUGA